AUGUUCAACAGUCGGCACGCCAUGUUGUUCCGUGCUACUGCCAGGAUCGCUACUACGCAACCUCGAUUGACACCAGCAACAACGGCUCUUCCGUUCCGUAUGACACAUUCAGCUUCUUCACUUCGAUUACGGCCUGUUGAGUCUCCCGCUGUGGCCAAAGCCACUCGAUCGUUUCGCGAUGCUGUGCGUAAGAGGAAUCAAGCGGCUGUAUGGAAUACGUACAAUACCCUUUUGAAUGACAAGGUCAAGGUUCCCAAAGGAUACCAUGCACUGGCGCUUCAAUCUUUUCGACUCAAGGCUCUGGUAGCUUAUGGCCCCGAAGAGAUCGAGACUGUCAAGGAGCGACUUCUCUUUGUAUUGAAUGAGAUGGAAAAGGACAAUGUGCCAUUGGAUAUUCGAGACUACAACCAUUUAUUCGAGUUCUUUGGUCGCACAGGGGAUUGGGAAGCUUGUACUCGCUAUUGGAAUCAAAUGCAAGCUCGUUGCGCUGAGGAUGCUGCUCAUGGUCCAUCCCUAUCAGCACUCUUGCCCACCGCUUACACUUACAACCUCUACAUGCGUGCUGCCAUUGCAAGCGGUCGAUCGGAUCAAGUAUUUGGUAUUCUCAAGGAUAUGCGCCAUGCUGGUAUUCAACCCAAUGUGUUUACGGUGGAUACGUUGAUUGAAGCACACGGCCAAUUGGAUGAUCUCAAAGGUGUCGAGCGAGUCUUUCGUGAUGCUUUUGAAAAGAAAGCGGUGGUCAAGAAGAAGAACAAAAAGACCUUUUCAUUCUGGACACUCAAUACGACUGCACCUGAUACACUCACACACCAUGUACGCCAACAACUUAUGCCAAAACAACCUCGUAUGAAACCCACAGCACACACAUUCGUCGCUCUUAUCGAUGCUUAUGGUCGUCAACGUCAACUGGAUGAGAUCAAUCAGAUUUAUCGACAAAUGCUUCCCACCUACAAUGUGCAACCCACCCUCGCCGUAUACAACAGCAUGAUUCGCUGGUAUUGUCAAUAUUCACAGCUUGACAGAGCUCGUCGUUUGUUUUAUGAUAUGGAACGUGCUGGUAUCAAGCCCAAUCUGAUCACUUUCAACUACAUCUUCCGUCACGAAGCUUUACGAGAGCAGAAUCCUUGGCGAGCUGAAGCAUUGUUGGAUAUGAUGAGGAAAAUAUACGACCUGCAACCAGUGCAAUCCAUGUACCGUGCUCUCAUCAAGGUCUAUAAUCGAAAGAAUAGAGAAGAUGAUGCUGAUCGGUUGUUCCAGGUAUACAUGGCUGCAAAGGAAUCAUCUUCAUCACCUUUAUCAUCUCCAUCCUCCCCCUCCCCCUCCUCGACUACCAUCACCUCGCAUUCUUCUUCUUCUUCUUCAUCCCAGCAAUAG